UUUAGUCAAGGUUUAUUAGUUGAUCUUAAACUGGAGUAAUACAACAUCAUCACUGUGUUUAGUUCAGAUCACUUUUAGUCUUAGCGUGUGGACAGUUUUAGUGUUGAAUAUUGAGAAAAUGUUUUACACAUCUCUCGUAUUGUGUUUGUGGACUCUGGUUGGUGUGUUUGGUGAUAAAGUGACUUUAGUCUCAGUGAUGGAGGGAGAUAACGUUACUCUACACACUGAUGUUACUGAACUACAGAUUGAUGAUGAUAUCAGGUGGAGGUUUGAAAACAUCUUCAUCGGCAAAAUCAAGAAAGCAGUCAACAACACUCCUAUAUAUGAAAAUAAUAAGACUCUUAUAUUUAAAGACAGACUGAAGAUAAACAGUCAGACUGGAGAUCUCAUCAUCACAAACAUCACACCUCAAGACUCUGGAUGUUAUAAAGUAACAAAUGUAACUGGAAAUAAUCAAUUCAAGAUAUUUAAUGUUACUGUUAAUGCUUCUUCUACUGUCAGCAUCACUGUUCCUACUGUCAGUAUCGUCUCUUCUACUGUCCGUAUCACUGUGCCUCCAAAAAAUCCACUAGGAAGACAACAGCCAGAUCUUAUGAUUCUGAUCUAUUGUGCUGCUGCUGCUGGAUCUCUGCUGAUUGUAGUUUUAGUUCUGAUUAUCUGGAUCUACAGGAAACACAAAAACAAACAUCAACAGGAUCAGACCAGUGAAGAGGAGAUCACUUACGCUGAUACAACAUUCUACAAACGAAAAACACACUCUAAGAGAGUUAAAGAUGAAGAUGAUGUGGUGUAUGCAGGAGUUGUGACCAAACGUUGAUCAACUGUGGCACUGUCUUAUAACCUAUAAAUGUUUUCAUUACAGAUACUAUUGCUCUGUUUGACACAAUAUUAGCGAAUUAUCAAUAUUAAUGUAUGAUUAUUUUUUUUUCUUUCUGAAUAAGCAAUUUUUCAAUUAUUUUAUCCUUUUAUCUAUAUUGUCAUUUGUUUAGACCAAUGUGUUAAUGUCUCUUUUCUGGCAGCAUUUCUUUAUUUAUUUGUA